AUGCUCUCGGAGACUGAGACUGACCAUGCGGAUGCCGGCGAUCUCACAGCCGACGUAAACUCCCCCAGAGACUCGGUGGAUCGCGAGCAAGGCCCAAAUCAUCAUGCCAGUGGAGACCGAGUGGAACAGGGUGCAGGUGCUGGCCAGGUUCAAUGCGCCGUUUGUAGCAGCACUUUUCGACGUCCGGAACAUUUAAAACGCCAUUUGCGCAGUCACACAAAGGAAAAACCUUUCGAAUGCGGGCAGUGUGGUCGCCAUUUUUCCAGGACCGACACUCUCCAUCGGCAUGAGUUGAGUCACCAUACCCCCGGAGGUGAGGGAGGCAAGGACCGCCCGCAUCGCAUCACCGUCAAGACUUUCAGGGCUUGCUUUAGCUGCGCAACAGCCCGAGUUCGAUGUAGCGGGGGCAUGCCGUGCGGGCGCUGCGAUACUCGCUCGCUCGAAUGUCAAUAUCCGACGGAACGGCGGUCUAAAGCAAGACUCCGCAAUGGAAGUUUCAAAGGGCCGUCAACUCUGGAGACGCUAGAAGCAGAUCCUCAGUCGCCUCAGAUCUCGUCGCCUCGGCCGAGUGGAAAUAUUGUGGCGCCCCAUGUGAACAACGAUAUUCCAUCUCAUCAACUUGGGCAAUUUUCGAUCAAUGGAAUGAUCGAUACUCCGGCAUCGCCCAAGACAUCAAUACACCCUUUCCCAAACCCCGCAGACCAUCCCUCGGGAAAUAAAUCAUCGGAUGGGCGGGGCUCCGUCGCAGGCCCUUCCAAUCCUCAACUCUAUACGCCAUCUGCCAACCCGGCUGCCGACGCCGCCACCUUACCACCGGGUGUGUAUCCUAGCGGAGAGUAUAACUCAGGAUAUGGCGAACUUCAAACUCCUGGAAUGCUUCCUGUGGGCACCACGGCUAAUCUCGUACCCGGAUUGAGGGAGGUUGAUGCUGGGAUGACAGGCCCGGGAGUUGACAUGGACAUAGACAUGACUGGAAACCCGGAGAUGGGAUUGGGGUUUGACCCCUCAAUCUUCGAUCAGUCAAUGUUAUCUACCAUCAAUUGGCUGCCAAAUGAGUUCUUUGCCGGCCCAUCAAGCGACCAACCCCAAUCCGCGAGGGUUCCACAGCAAUUUACCCCAGGCACCUUCCCGGAGAGCUACGCGGCGCGAUUCACCUGGCAACCGUCGGUGAUCAACGCUGACAAUAUAAGCUCCUCGGUCCCUGAAAACAAUACUCAUACUCCUUCCGGACCUCUUUCUCUAGGUACCGACAUGGGAAGUCCUAGGCGAUACUCUCAUGUCGGCAGCGAGUCAUCACCGCACGCCGAAUCAGUUGAUUCUGGAAAGCGUUCAGCAGACUUCUAUGUCGAUGGCGGUGGCGCCAGGCUUCCCAGGUACAGGAAAAAACAAACCCCCUGGUCUAAUUCUUCAACAGACCUACCAGCUACCACGGGGCAAGCAUUUCGCGAAAACAGCCCACGUCGAUUCGGCUUUCCCGGUAUGCAAGAAGUUCAGAUGGAUAAUAUCUCAGGGGAAGUGUUGCAUUCAAUUCGACCUAUCGAAGCCACGACUUAUGACGAAAUCUAUCGCAAUUUUCUUUUGCUCUGCCGAAAUGACAAUCCGUUCUUCGAGAUGUUCGAGACGGAAAACUUCCCAAGACCAGAAGAAUGUAACCGAUACAUUGCCUGCUACUUCGACACAUUCCAGGCUGUGUAUCCCAUCUUUCAUAUUCCGACCUUUGAUGUGAAUCAAUGCCACUGGAUUUUAGCUUUGGCCAUUCUAGCAAUCGGAUGUCAUUGCUCCAAUAUCCAUGAUGCCGAUCAAUCCACAGCCGCCUUUCACGAGAUGCUUCGACGGGCCAUACACAUUGAGAAAGGAAAGCGCCAUGCCGGACCCCUUCCUCUGGGUCUACUUCAGGCUAUACUGCUCAACUGUAUUGGGCUGCUCCAUAGCGGCAUUGAAAAAGACAAGCUAUCCGCAUUGAGCGCUUUCAAAGAACUUGUGAGUCUUGUGGCAGAGAAGAAACUGCUGGCUGCCUCGAAACCAUUGAGGGAGUCAAACAGAAUCUCGGGGGAAGUUUUAUGGCAAAAAUGGAUCGAUGAUGAGACUCGGAAACGAACCGGCUACUGUGUUUGGCUCGUGGACUGCACGCUUGCUUAUUAUCUCGACGAGAAACCGCUCCUAUCCUUGGAUGACGGACAAGCCGCGUUGCCCGCUCAUGAAAAACUUUGGCAGUUGAACUCGAUGGAAGAUUGGAAGCAGCUGUGGGAUCAGUCUAGCGUGAGCGAAUCCCUCUAUGAUUCUGUGCAUAUCCUGUACAUCGAGAAGAGACUUGUCUCUGGUAUUGGUGAAUUCAGCCACAUCCUUCUCAUCCACGCCUUGUAUCAUCGGAUGUGGGAAGUGGGCGACUACUUCCGCCGACCUCUAUCAUUUUGGAAUCCAACUGCCAAAAAGCAGUCUCGGGAGACUGCAAUACCUACGGGGUCCGUUUGGCUCCCUGGAAUCCCAUCAUAUUCUAAGUGGCGCAACAGCGCCUGUGAUUGCUUGGACAUCCUCCACUGGACCGCAAAUAGCACCAUUGCCAAAGCUGCCGGACUGGAACAUCCCACCGUUUUACAUCUCCACGCUGCUCGACUUGUUUUGCUGGCACCCUUCCGGGAGAUUCGAUCGCUUGCGACAUCUCUCGUGACGGACAAGCUCCGAUGGAGCAAAAGACAUCAAGCCAUUGAAUGGCAGUAUAUCUGGCGCUGGAUCAAGCAUGAUCAAUACAAAGCUCGGCUGUCGAUUAUUCAUGCUGGAGUGACCCUCUGGCACGUCAGAAGGUACUCCACGAACGCAUUUCACGAACCGAUCGCCGCAUUCCUUGCAGUCUUGACUCUUUGGGCCUACGGGUCCUGUCACGCUCAUGCGCCCCAAGAUUCAAGUCCGCACACUCAAACGUCUCGAAAUGAGCCCCUACAGGAGCCAAGCUUUAUUCAUUUAGAUCGACCAUGUGACGAUGAGCUAGUUCAGCUCUUCGUUCGUGAAGGCCACUCUAUGAGAGGCAAUGUGACGGGCGUGGGAGAUAUAUGCGCGCCCGAGGGCCCCGAGAGAAUUCUUCGAGUUGGCUGUGAAAUUCUUUCUGGAUUGAGUGCGUGGGGUCAGUCGAAGAGAUAUAUCUCUAUCCUGACUCGUCUAGCUGAUCUUGUGUCACGGGGUCCGGAAGGGGAGCAGAGCCGCAUUGGAAACACGGACGGGUGCUGA